UGUGACGCUGCUCUGAGGGUCGCUACGCGUGCUGAAAUCUGUCUGCAGGUGUUUGUUGUUUACAGGACGUUAACCUUAAACUCAAAGAUUAUUAACCAAAAAAAAAAAGAAAGAUAAAGAAUACGUCAGUGCUGUUGCGUUCUGACGUACCCGGAAGUGUACGUGCGCAGCAGCUAACAGUUAGCUCCAGCGGUUCCGAGCAGACGGACGGAACGACAGACAGGUAAGACGGGCAGGUGUGUCUGUGGAUGGAAGUGUGCAGCUCUGCGAUGGGACCAGAGCGCGUCUUACCGAGCUCCGAGGAUGAGCUGGGAGAGGACGAGCGCCCGGCUGAUGGGACACUGAUGCCGCCGCCAGGCACAGUGUGGGGCGGGGGGGAGGAGGACGAAGAGGAGGAGGGGGACGGGGAGAUGGAGAUGGACGGCGAGGAGGAAGAUGGGGGUGGAGGAGGGUACUAUUACCAACCUCUUAACCAGGAACCGGACGGCGUGCAGCCAGAGGAUGACGAGGAAGAGCGGGGGGAGGCGGCCUCCCACGCCGAGCAGCUGCAGCAGGUGCAGCAGCGGAUAGAGGUGAUGGGGCUCCACCUCCCUGAAGCUCCCCCUCCUGACAGCGAUGAGGAGGAGGAUCCCGAAGGGGCAGCGGCUCAGAGGAGCCGUGCCUCCAUCCCCAUGGAUGCAGAUCACGUAGAGCUGGUGAAGAGGACGAUGGCGGCAGUGGCAUUGCCAUCACUAGGCGUGCCGCCGUGGGCACGGGAGAUUUCUGACGACCAAUGGAAGGACAUGGUGCGGGACACGCUGCAGAGCCGGCAGAGUGCCGCUGCCCUGCGCCUGCCCCGCUGCACCAACCUGCCUGGGCCCUGAAUGCACCACAAAAACUCAGAUCAUCUCUAAAUUAUAACUGUCAUUCAACGCAACACAUAGACUCACCAAGGGACCUUGUAGGCACUGCGACAAUUCCUACAGCAUUAAUGGACCCUGAAUGCAGCAUGGCUGCCAGGUGACAUUAGACUCACCCGAGUAUCUUCAGGUUUCCCGUUUCUGACUCACCUGAGCCACGCUGACCUGCAUUAUGACCAUUUCAGGGCCCAAAAAUAAAGACAGAAGUAUUUAAUUUAUUAAAGCAGGUAAAAAUUUCAGAUGAUCGGAGGAUCAAUAUGGUAAUUAAUCAGUAAUCAAUUAACUAUCAGUGUUUGUAAAUGGUUGUUCUGGUGUUUCUGUUAAUCAGUGAAUAAUCAAUAAAAUUAUUUUAUAAAACUUUAAAAUCA